AAACCACGAAAACGGCUGGCAAGAAGUAGUUGAUCUGCGAUUGAGUAGAAAUUUGGCAGCAAGAGCGACUGCGCGUUGGAGAAUUCAGAGAUGGAGUUUAUUUCUGAGACUAAGGCUAAGAUACGCCUCGCCACUCUCCUUAAAUGGCACGAGCGCGUGGAGGAACAGAAGCAGAAGCCAAAAAAGCAAGAAAAGGGGUUUAUUAGCCGCCAAAUGGAAUAUUAUGCCUGGAAGCAUCGUGCUUACAUUGAAAGCUUGUCGAUUUCGCAGGAGAAUCAAGACCACGGUAAAAUUACACGCUAUAUGAAGUCGCAGGAUAAUCAGUUACCGUGGGAAAGGAAGAAAUCGAAGGACGAUGCUAUUAAACGCUGGGUGAUUUCGCAGGAGAAAUACGUCCCGCUGAGGUCGAAUGAGAUGCCCAGCUAUGUGACACUCGACAAAUCCCAAAGUGAAGAUGAGGCACAGGAAAGUCAUUCGGAAACUUCGUCCUUUGGAGACUAUAUCAACAUAUCUUCGAAGAACUGUGUCCGCAAGCUGAGUGACCUCAAGUUGGGUGACUUCAAGUUUGGUGACCUCAAGUUGGGUGGCGAACAGCCCGAGGAAACUCCUAAUAAUCAGUACAAAGGCACAUGCACUCACAGUAUGUAUGGCUAGUGGAUAAGCUAAAGAGACCUGUUCAAUUUCA